AUGAAUCAGAAUGAAUGUUUUGAAAUAAAUGAAAAAUUAGAAAUGUUUAUAAGUUGUAGAUAAUUAGAUGAUCUAGAUACUGUAUCAGACUAUAAUCCUUAUGUUAUAAUCUAUAAAAAAAACAAUAACUAUUGUAAGAGUAUAAAAAUUUAUAAAGGGACUUAAAUUGGAUAAACAGAAUUGAUUAAAAAUACUAUGAAUCCUAAUUUUACAACAUCAAUAUUAUUGGAAUAUCAUUUUGAAGUUUAAUAACAUUUAAAGCUAGAAGUACAUCAUUUCAUCAAUUCAACUUAAUCUAAAGUAAAUUAUUUAUUAAUGUUAUAGAUUAUUGGUAUUGCAGAAACUACAGUUGCUAUAAUAGCUGGUUCAAAAGAUCAAAUUUUGAUAGGAGAUUUAGUUAAUAUUUCUGGAAGAAGGAGUGGAAAUUUUAUUAUUUAAGCAAAUAUAGUUAAGUAAAUAAAAGAAGAAUUAAAUCUUACUUUAUCAAGUUAUGGUAUACCAGAAACUAGAUUUUGGUUUUGGCAUGGAACAUCUCCAUUUUUAAGAUUCUAUAGAUUAGUAUAGGAUGAUAAUAUUCCUGUUUUAGUUUAUGAAACUGAGUUUGUUAAAGAUACAAAAGAACCAACAUGGAAAGAAAUAAAUUUUAAAUCUUUACAUUUAUGCGAUGGUGAUUAUAAAAUGUAAAUAAAAGUUGAAUUAUGGGAUCAUAGAAAAAAUGGUAAGCAUUUAUAUUUAGGAGAAACAUCAUUUUGUGUAGAUGAAUUAAUAGAGUAUAAUAUAUAGAAUAAGAUAUUAAAAAAGGAGUUUAAAAAUAAAAUGAAAAAAUAAGAAUCCUCAGGAAUUCUAUAAUUUAAUAGAUUUUUAUAUAAUCCUAAUUAUACAUUUAUAGACUAUUGUAGUGGAGGAUAAUAAUUAAAAUUUAUUAUAGCAAUUGAUUAUACAAAAUCAAAUGGUAAAUAAAAUGAUCCAAAUUCAUUACAUUAUAUACCAAAAAAUGGAGGAUCUAAUCAAUAUUUGUAAGCCAUAACUAGUUUAGUGGAAAUUCUAAUUAAUUAUGAUAAUACUAAGAAGAUAUCUCUUUAUGGUUUUGGAUGCAAACCUAAAAUGAAUUUGAUUAAUACUAAUCAAACUCUUCAUUUAUUCCCUCUUAAUGAUAACCCAGAUGAUCCUGAGUAAUAUUUUUAUAAUUUAUAAUAGAGUAUAUGGUUUAGAUGAAAUAGUUUAAUGCUAUAAAAAAUCAUUGCCUUAUUUGCUUUUCGAUGAUCCAGCCUAAUUAACUCCAAACUUGAAAAAUGCAAUGAAUAUAGCUAAUUAAUAUAAACAAAAUUAGGGGAAUUAAGACUAUUUGAUUUUGAUGAUUCUCACAGAUGGACAAGUAAGUGAUAUGUAAGUAUUUAUUGAUGAUAUAAUUGCUUCUUCCAACUUACCAUUAUCAAUUAUAAUAAUCGGUAUCGGUAAUGGCAAUUUUGAUAAUAUGUCGGUAUUAAAUAAUUAAUUCAAUCAAAUUUUAGAUAGCAAAGGAAAUAUAUUAGUUAGAGAUUUGGUUUAAUUUGUUCCUUUCAAUUAAGUGAAAAAUGAUCCUGCUCUCUUAGCUAAAUAAGUCUUGGCUAAGUUACAUAAUUAAAUAAUACAGUAUAUGAAAUUAUAGAAUAUAUCUCCAAAGCCAACCGAUCGUAAGAAAUUAUUAUUAUAGUAAUAAAACCCAUAAUCAUCAAAACAAUAACAACUUUCACAACCAUAAAAAUCAUAAUAAUAACAACUCCCUCCUCAACUAUUGUAUCCUCCUUAAUUAAUAUAUCCUCCUUAAUUAUAAUAUCCUAAUUAACCAUCUCCAAUCCAAUAAAAUUCACAAAAUUAAUAUUAAUAGUACCAUCCUUAAACUGGUGAGAUUAAUAAUAAUAAUCAGGGGCAGGGAUUAUAGUAAUAAGAAUUUUUAAAAGAGUUAGUUCAAUAAACAGUAAAAUAUCCAUCAUAAUGA